AUGCUCUUGGCCUCUGUUCAGCUCUUAAUAUGGGCUUUACUAUCAUGGAAGGCCCAUGCCAUGAGGCAGGACCGCCUUGUGCAACUGCGCCAAGAAACAGUGAAUAUGUUCUACCAUGGCUAUAAUAACUACAUGCAACAUGCUUUCCCUGAGGAUGAGCUUCGACCCUUGACGUGCUCCCCCUUGACCCGAGAUCGAGAGAACCCUAGCCAUAUCGGACUGAACGAUGCUCUGGGGAACUAUUCCCUUACGCUUAUCGACAGUCUAUCGACACUCGCAAUCCUCGCUGGAGGACCCGAAGACGAGUCAGGAACUGGAUCGCAAGCACUAAGCGAUUUCCAAGAUGGUGUGGCGAACUUCGUACAAUACUAUGGUGAUGGACGACCAGGUGCAUCGGGCCAAGGCAUACGAGCAAAUGGGUUCAACCUCGAUAGCAAGGUGCAGGUAUUUGAGACUGUUAUUCGUGGAUUGGGUGGACUCCUCAGUGCACAUCUCUUUGCCAUCGGCGAGCUGCCCAUUACUGGGUACACUGUGCAGCCUGAUUGGGCAACCGAGGCAGAUGAUCCCUUGGAACUUGUCCCUAUAUCAUGGCCGAAUGGCUUUAGAUAUGACGGCCAACUUUUAAGGUUGGCUCUCGAUCUUGGGCAAAGACUUCUCCCUGCCUUCUAUACGGACACAGGUAUACCAUAUCCGCGAGUGAAUCUUCGGCACGGGAUUCCGUUCUAUACCAACUCCCCCCUCUUUCGCCAGACGGGCGAGGACAAGCCCCCAGUAACUUCGGCGGAGGUCACCGAGACUUGUAGUGCUGGAGCUGGAAGUCUCACUCUUGAGUUUACCGUUCUCAGUCGUCUAGCGGGUGAUGUUCGAUUUGAACAAGCAGCCAAACGAGCCUUUUGGGCGGUCUGGGGCAGGAGAAGCGAAAUCGGGCUCGUUGGUAACGGUCUCGAUGCAGAAGGUGGGCAAUGGAUCGGCCCGCACGCCGGUAUUGGUGCUGGUAUGGAUAGCUUCUUCGAAUAUGCUUUGAAGAGCCAUAUCUUACUUUCAGGACACGGCAUGCCGAACAAUUCGACUUCCAAUCGACAGAGCAGCACUGAGUGGCUCGACCCCAAUUCCAUUCAUCCUCCUCUCCCCAACGAGUUGCAGACCUCCGAAGCCUUCUUAGAUGCAUGGCAUCAGGCCCACGCGUCAGUCAAACGGUAUUUAUACACAGACCGGAGCCAUUAUCCAUAUUACUCGAAUAACCAUCGAACUACUGGACAACCAUAUACGAUGUGGAUUGAUAGCCUUGGGGCCUUUUACCCUGGUCUAUUGGCAAUGGCUGGCGAGAUAGACGAGGCCGUAGAAGCAAACCUUGUUUACACUGCUCUCUGGACCCGAUAUUCUGCCUUGCCCGAGCGAUGGUCUGUCCGCGACAACAACGUUGAUCAGGGGCUCGGGUGGUGGCCAGGUCGUCCCGAGUUCAUAGAGUCAACAUACUAUAUAUAUCGUGCCACACAAGACCCAUGGUACCUACACGUCGGAGAGAUGGUGCUUAGAGACAUCGAGCGCCGAUGUCGUACUCCCUGCGGGUGGGCUGGUCUUCAAGACGUCAGGACGGGAGAAUUGUCUGACCGCAUGGAGAGUUUCUUCCUUGGUGAAACGGCAAAGUAUAUGUACCUACUUUUCGACCCAAGCCAUGCUCUCAACAAAGUUGAUGCGGCAUUUGUCUUUUCCACCGAGGGUCAUCCGCUCAUCAUCCCUAAGCGCAGCCGGUCGAGGCCAACUACGUGGCAUUCUGCUGUAAAACAACAUAUUCCCAGAAAUAACACCACGGACGAGAGAUUUACCAACUCAUGCCCUGUGCCUAUUGUGGCAGGGUUUGCCGGGUCGGCUACUGCAGCCCGUUCUGAUCUCUUUAGUGUUGCACUAUUCGUCGAUUUGCAUAACACCCCCAACGUCCAUGGACCUCUUGAAGCUGUUGAUGUUAUAGACAAGAAGAGAGGACUGAUAACCAAAUAUCGAGCAACGACUAAUUACACAAUGUUUCCCUGGACACUGCCCCCCACGAUGCUGCCGCAGGAUGGCGUGUGCUCUGCACCUGUUGAGCGUGUGACGACAUGGAUAGAGUUUCCACCGGGCGACACUGCUAGUUCCCUUGUUUCACGUUUCGCAACGUCCCUCGUGUGGUACAGCCACAACGGGCCAACGGUCCGCAACCUUGACGGCAUGCGGCUCCAAUUAGAGCGGCACCAAAACAGAGAUCUCGCAGGUCAGUCGUGGAGGAUCACGCAUGCUGCGAACAGAGAGCUAGGUCGGCACGAGAACGUCUUCUUCCACGCGGAACACGUGAGAAACUACAAAGACGACGCCUUCACCUGUGUACGGCGAAAGGAUAUUGUCGAGAUUGACCUACUACUUGACUCUCCAGACAAGUUGAAUGCUAGUGCGCCAGCACCCGCGCAGGGUGUCAACGCAUCCACCGAGAUAAUUCCCAGUCAUGCGGCCCUUCCUUCAGAAUCGCUUCUCAAGUCGUUGCUCCGUGCCGUUAGCUCCGUUUUUGAACCCGCCUACACCGAUCUUCCGGAGUCGGAGGCGGAAGGCGUCGGCCCCACCAUCCUCCGUUGGUCGGCUUACACGGCGACCGGCCCGGGUGCAUUCCCAAUGCCUCCCGUUGUUGAUACGCCAAUGACCGGCUCACCCAGCUAUAACUCCCGCAAACCUGCCGCCAACUUUCCUUGGACUACCAUAUAUCUCGGUGGUGAGGCAUGCGGUGCCCCAUUGCCUGACUCAUCUUCUCGCCAGCAUCAAAUCAUCGUCCUGCGCCGCGGUGGCUGUUCAUUCAGUGAAAAGCUUGAGCGAGUCCCCACCUUCCCUGCGUCGCCGCAUUCUUUACAGCUCGUGCUUGUAAUUGACGAGGCUGAUGAAUCAGAAGAAGGCGCUGAUGAAAUUGUUCGCCCCCUUUUAACAGUGCCGCAGUUAACACCCCGAGGCAUGGGCAGACUUAACGGCGUACCGCUCGUUCUUAUGCGUGGUGCUAAAGGUGAUUACGGCCGGUUUGGGGAGGCUAGGGGUGUAGGACUGCGGCGCAAGUACGUGGUCGAGAGCCAGGGGAUAUUGAUAGAGAACGCCAUUGUCUUAUAA